AUGGCGGGUCCCGCCUGGUUCUGGCUGCGGGGAGCUGCCCGCCUCCUCCCCGCCGCCGGCGGGCGGGCUCCGGCGGCCCCGUGGCGCGGUCCGGGCUGUGCGCCCGCCGCUCGCAGCGCUCCGUUCGCCGGCUCAGCGUCCUCGAGCUCCGGGGAUGAGUCUCUCAGGGACAAACGUGCCCGGAUCCUGUCGCGCGGGCUGCCAAAGCAGAAGCCCAUAGAAGGAGUUAAGCAGGUGGUGGUCGUGGCUUCUGGAAAAGGGGGAGUUGGAAAAUCAACAGCAGCAGUAAAUAUAGCCCUGGCCUUAGCAGCAAAUGAUUCGACAAAAGAAGUUGGUUUACUUGAUGCAGACAUAUAUGGACCUUCAGUUCCAAAAAUGAUGAAUUUAAAAGGAAACCCGGAAUUAACACCAAAAAAUCUAAUGAGGCCCCUUAAGAACUAUGGAAUCGCAUGCAUGUCUAUGGGUUUCUUGAUAGAAGAGACUGCCCCGGUUGUGUGGAGAGGGCUCAUGGUAAUGUCAGCGGUUGAAAAAUUACUGAGACAGGUUGACUGGGGUCAACUGGAUUAUUUAGUAAUUGACAUGCCACCUGGGACUGGAGAUGUACAGCUCUCAGUAUCACAGAAUAUUCCAGUUGCAGGAGCUGUGAUCAUUUCCACGCCACAAGACGUGGCUUUAUUGGAUGCACUCAAAGGAGCUGAAAUGUUUAGAAAAGUCCACGUACCUGUUUUAGGACUGGUUCAGAACAUGAGUGUAUUCCAGUGUCCCAAAUGUAAACAUGAGACACAUAUUUUUGGAGCUGAUGGUGUAAGAGAUCUAGCAAAAACCCUCGGGUUGGAUAUUUUGGGAGACAUUCCACUGCAUGUUAAUAUACGGGAGUCGUGUGAUUCAGGACAGCCUGUUGUGGUCGCUCAGCCUCAAAGUGAUGCUGCUAAAGCCUAUCUAAAGAUAGCUAUGGAAAUAGUAAGAAGACUGCCAGUACCUCCUGCUUGAAGUAUUUACCACAGAAACUUACAAAAACAGCCAUCUUUGGUGCAACCAGUGCAGAAGAGUCCUACUACCUAAUAAUGUGGAGGCCAUAUCUUAGUUCUAAGAACUUCUUUAGGAGUUAAUUUACCAGAGAUUAUAUUAUGAUUGUGAUGUUUACUGGUUUUCGAAUCAUUGCUUAUCCAUGUCCAAAGGGAUUGAAGUGUGCAAACAAUGAUAGACAGUAUUUAAGUGCUGAAUUGUAACACCAUCAAGCAUUUUUCACGUGUGCUAUUUUAAGGUCAAGAAUGAAAACCAGCUUCUCCGCUCAAGGAGAAUGAUGAGAGGUAUACCAAAGGAUUAAUCCUGCUUAAAAACUUAAAUUUUCAAUACUCUUAAUUUCUUUCAAUUUUGGUUCAGCUUUUACUUGUUAACUGUCAAACUGACUUUAAGAUUUUAAGAAGAAAAUUCAGUUAUGCAACUGCUGUACUUUUUGUGUGUUCGUCUUAUAAGAAAAUUUU